AUAGGUAACCAGGAAAUAUAACUUAAAUUAAAAUAAGACAACGGCUGAUGUACUUCACUUGUACGUCCGCCGUGUGGCUCAGUAAUUCUUCGGGGCUGAAGACGGCGUACGUGGGGUAGUUGUAGAUCUCGACCCCGUCUCGCUCCAAACUAGAAAAUAUCUUGGCUGUCUCGGUGUUUGGCCGCAGCUACGGGUCGGUAGAGGUCGGUGGAUGCAUGGUUUUCACCGAUAGAGAUCGACUUGUGGCCGCGAAACGGGUAACGUUGGCUGUCGAAAGGGCUUUUUAGGCUGUAUGUUUCAGAGCUAAUCUCCGCGGCAGCACAACCAUGGGCGUGGAAGUCGAGACAAUAUCUCCCGGUGAUGGAAGAACAUUUCCAAAGAAGGGCCAGACAUGUGUUGUUCAUUACAUAGGUAUGUUGCAGAAUGGGAAAAAGUUUGACUCUUCUCGAGACAGGAACAAGCCCUUUAAGUUCAAGAUUGGACGGAUGGAGGUCAUUAAGGGCUGGGAGGAAGGAGUAGCACAGAUGAGCCUGGGCCAGAGGGCUAAAAUCACCUGCACACCAGAUAUGGCUUAUGGAGCGACAGGCCACCCCGGGGUCAUCCCCCCAAACGCCACGCUUAUAUUCGAUGUGGAACUGCUCAAGCUGGAGUGAUGAAGACUGAAGGUUAAUGAGGUUGCAUUCGCCACAACCUGCUUCCACAGGGUGCUGCCUCCUACCAUCCACCUGCUCUUCUUUGUUUCUACAGUCUCCUUCAGUUGAAUAUUUAAACGUAUCUGCCGCAGCUUUGUUGCCAUCAUUUCUUAAUAGAUACUGCAAGAAAAAUUUUCACACUGCUGUAAGACUUUUACACACACACCACGUCCUGGUUUGUUUGUUAGAGAUGCUUUUUUUGUUUUUAAUUUCAUUUAAAGUUGUAAAUUUUGUUGAACCAAGAGGAAAUCGGUUAUAUGAUGAAACGCCGUACUACAUUGCAAUCGAAAACAUACUGCCUUACAGUUUCAACAGCAGAGGAAGGGUACACGUGUUGAAAGUACAAUCUGCUCUGUAUAUUAACUGGGCAUUAUAUACCACUGUCUGCAUUGCCACUUUGAUAAAAGUUCGUCCUGCUGAAUGCUCUGAAUGAUGUUGCUAUGUUUAGUAUAUUUUAUACCCCUCAUAAACAUUUACUGCAAGUGUCCAGUCUAUCCCAAUCCAAUACUGUACAGAACUCUACAAGAGCCAUUGCUACUGCUAUGACAGUUUAUCGACCAACUCUUGAAUAAAAAUGGCAUGUACUGUGUU